AUGGCCACCAAGGCAUCAGCAGCUCUAAGCCUAGAAGGUCGCGUGGCUCUCGUGAGCGGAUCGAGCCAAGGCAUCGGCGCAGCCAUAGCCAGGGAGCUUUCAUCACGCGGAGCAGUCCUCGUGCUGAACUACCCAUACCCUUCAGAAUUACCAAGUGCAGAGGCAGUCCGCAACUCAUUACCCACGGAGGCCAUCGCCGUCGAGGCCGACAUGUCGACCGUCGACGGGCCGGCAGCACUCGUCAGGGCAGCCGUGUCCAAGUUCGGCCGCAUCGACAUCGUGGUCAACAACGCUGGCGUGAGCGACCAGAUGAAGCUGGGGGACAUCACCGCCGAGCGCUGGGCCGCCAUCUUCAACCUCAACGCCCGUGGUCCCAUGCUCCUGACGCAGGCCGCCCUCCCGCACCUGUCCCGGGGCCGCUCCCGGAUCGUCAACAUCGUGAGCCCCACGGCGCGCGACCCGCGGCCAGAGUGGACGCUCUACGGCGGCAGCAAGGGCGCGCUGGAAUCGAUGACCAGGUGCUGGGCUCGCGAGCUGCCGCGCGAGUACGGGUGCACUGUUAAUGCUGUUGCACCGGGCCCUGUGGGUGGCCCUGCGAUAGAUAGGGCUCCUGAGGAACUUAAGCGGGCGCUGGCAGAAUUCACAAAGACGACGCCCGUUGCUCCGCGGUUUACGCAGGCGGCUGAGGUGGCGUGGGCCGUUGCGAUGCUGUGCGAGGAGGAGGCGAGUUGGAUCAAUGGUGAUACUGUGAAUGUGAGCGGAGGUUUACAUAUGUUGUGA